AUAAAAAUUAAUUCCUGAAAAUUUCAUGGAAGUUUGUACCAAAGUUACGAGAAAAAUUUAAAAAAUAUCUAAAAAUCCGGCAACAUAGCGAUAUCUUAUCAGUAAACAAAACAAAUGUUAGUAGUCAGUUUAUGUUGUGAUAUACGUUGUGAUAGUAAUUGAAUUGAUGAAAUAAAAUGAGUUUAUCCUCUCUCUCCGCUUUCAAUCGCAGUAAAUAAUUAGUUUUAGACACUCUACCAAUCCCCCAAAUCUGAAAACAAGUAAAUCCUAACAUCUUUGUCACUUUGAAAGGUUCUCUGCUCAAGAUGCCUGCCGUGCCAAUAGCUGAUGACUGUCUUUUUGAGUUCAUUCAUGCUGAGUUGGUCAACUAUGUUGCAUCUUCAUCUAAGGGUGAUCAUGACGUUUCCACCCUUGAGUACCUUGGAUUUUGCUGCGGAUACAGGAUCAUUGAAAGGCUCACGAAAGAUUGGCCGCGAUUCAAAGAUGAGCUAGACACAUUAAAAUUCAUGUGUACUGAUUUUUGGUCGUCCAUUUUCAAGAAACAAAUAGAUAAUCUUCGGACAAACCAUGCUGGGGUUUAUGUUCUGCUGGAUAAUAAUUUCCGGCUGAUUUCAAAAAUGUCCUCCGGUAACCAGUACUUGGAAGUGGCUCCCAGGUAUGUCACUUUUACCUGUGGUCUCCUCAGAGGUGCUUUGGCUAACCUUGGAAUCCAUUGUGUUGUAACAUCAGAAAUUAAAACAUUACCUGCUUGUGCAUUCCAUCUGGAGGUAAGAAGGAGUUAGAUCUUUGAAGUAUUAUCAUAUAUUUGUUGACAUAAUUUUUACUCUCAAUAUUCUUUUUUAUUAAUUUUUGGAAUUUGUGUAAUUUUAUGAUGAGCUUAAUUAUCAUCUGUCAUGUUCAUUUGUUUUUUUUAUUUUAGGUGUUAAGAAAUGUAUUGCUAAAAUAAAGAUUUAUCAAAGAAAUUUAAAAUA